UUCCAAGAAAGGGCGUAGGAGAUCAGUGGAUAGUGUCCAGCGUAGCUUUAGCUUACCUCAUAUUCCUUCGAGGAGUAACAGAAAAGGCGAAAUAGGUUGUAGGCUAUUGAAGUAGCUGGGGAAGCAGCAGCAGGCAAAAUGAUGCCCAUGAGGAUUGUGCUGGUUGGCAAGACUGGAGCAGGGAAGAGCGCAUCGGGAAACACCAUCCUCGGAAGAGAACAUUUUUUAGAGGACGAUUCCGCUUUACCCGUAACCAUGGCCUCGGCCAGAAAGAACGCAGAGGUUGUCGGAAGACAGGUUUCUGUGGUUGACACCCCGGGGCUUUUCAGCACAUCCAUGAGAGAAGAGGAAGUGAAGAAUCAAAUACAGAGGUGCAUCGACCUGUCUGUUCCAGGGCCCCACGUGUUUCUGCUGGUGAUCAGGUUGGGCAGAUUCACACAGGAAGAGAGGUCUGCUGUGCAGUGGAUCAAGACGCACUUUGGGGAGGAAGCCUCACGGUACACGAUGGUGCUGUUCACCUGCGCCGAUCAGAUAAGGAAAAAAACGGUCGACCAGUUCCUCAUGGGCUCCCAGGAACUUCAGGACCUCAUCACUCGCUGCCGUGGCAGGUAUCAUGUCUUCAACAAUGACGAUAAAGAGAACUUCGCCCAGGUUACCCAGCUGAUGGUGAAAAUUGAGCGGAUGGUGAGGGAGAACGGAGGUGAACACUACACCAAUGAGAUCUACCGGGAGGCUACGAGGCGGAUCAGGGAGGAGGAGGCGAGGAAGAGGAGGGACCAACAAUGGAAAGAUGCAAAGGCAGGUUUGACAGGAAUUGCAGUUGGAGCUGUGGGAACACUUGCUUUAGUAGCAGCUGUUGUGACUAAGCUGCAGUAAGUAGAGUGGGGGUACUGUAUUUCAUGGUAAUCGAUAUCCUGAUUAAUUGAAUGAGGAUUCACAAGUUAAAAAUCUAUCAUACAUAUCAGGACUGCAGCUUGUACAUUGUUGAAAGGGUUAGCAUUAGAGUUACUCAUCUUCCAAUCAAAAUGUAUUGCUGCUCAAACUACUGUACCACACUCAGCGAAUGUUGAAAGUUUGACAUCAGUCGUUUGAGGACAUUUAUAGAAUCCUGCUUGUUCAAGCAAUUCUGUCAUGCUAUAAUAAUGGUGGUGUAUACUAAUACACAUGUAUAUAAACAUCCAUACAGGAUAAAAUAAAAAUAAAUACGGUAUAUAAAUAAACAAA